GCGUGCUAGGGGAAAACGUGCUUGGACUAGGGGCCAGGAGCGCGGGCCAGUCUAGGAGUUGUAGUUCCAGGUCGUUGUGAGGCGCGCGCCUGGAGGAAGUGGCUGGAGAAGGCGGGCGGAAGCUCCAGCCAAGAUACUGGGUUCGGUGCUGAGGCGGCACGGAAAAGGCUCAGUGACUGAAGCUCCAAAGGCCAGCAGGCUGGUGGGACGUGACCGAAAGGAGGCUCUAGUUCCCUUCCUGUGGGUGCCAGGUGGGCAUCGCCUCCGGCUUCCCCGGGAUGCACCGGCACCCGGGAAGCGGCUGCGGGCGCUAGGCCUAAGGAUGAUCUUUCCUGUCGCUCGCUACGCACUCUGGUGUCUGAGACAGCCCGGAGGCCGUGCCUUUUCCCGCGCCGCCAUGGAGGUGGCCCUCCGAGGGGUGCGGAAAGUCCUCUGUGUGGCCGAGAAAAACGACGCGGCCAAGGGGAUUGCCGACCUGCUGUCCAACGGUCGCAUGAGGCGGAGAGAAGGACUUUCAAAAUUCAAUAAGAUCUAUGAAUUUGAUUAUCACCUGUACGGCCAGAAUGUUACCAUGGUAAUGACUUCGGUUUCUGGACAUUUACUGGCUCAUGAUUUCCAGAUGCAGUUUCGAAAAUGGCAGAGCUGCAACCCUCUUGUCCUCUUUGAAGCGGAAAUUGAAAAGUACUGCCCAGAGAAUUUUGUUGACAUCAAGAAAACUCUGGAGCGAGAGACUCGCCAGUGCCAGGCUUUGGUGAUCUGGACUGACUGUGAUAGAGAAGGUGAAAACAUUGGCUUUGAGAUUAUCCAUGUAUGUAAGGCUGUAAAGCCCAGUCUGCAGGUGUUGCGAGCCAGAUUCUCUGAGAUUACACCCCAUGCUGUCAGGACAGCCUGUGAAAACCUGACCGAGCCUGAUCAGAGGGUGAGCGAUGCUGUGGAUGUGAGGCAGGAGCUGGACCUGAGGAUCGGAGCUGCCUUUACUAGGUUCCAGACCCUGCGGCUUCAGAAGAUUUUUCCUGAGGUGCUGGCAGAGCAGCUUAUCAGUUAUGGCAGCUGCCAGUUCCCCACACUUGGCUUUGUGGUGGAGCGGUUCAAAGCCAUUCAGGCUUUUGUACCAGAAAUCUUCCACAGAAUUAAAGUAACUCAUGACCACAAAGAUGGUAUCGUAGAAUUCAACUGGAAAAGGCAUCGACUCUUUAACCACACGGCGUGCCUAGUUCUCUAUCAGUUGUGUAUGGAGGAUCCCAUGGCAACUGUGGUAGAGGUCAGAUCUAAGCCCAAGAGCAAGUGGCGGCCUCAAGCUUUGGACACUGUGGAGCUUGAGAAACUGGCUUCUCGAAAGUUGAGAAUAAAUGCUAAAGAAACCAUGAGGAUUGCUGAGAAGCUCUACACUCAAGGGUACAUCAGCUAUCCCCGAACAGAAACAAACAUUUUUCCCAGAGACUUAAACCUGACGGUGUUGGUGGAACAGCAGACCCCCGAUCCACGGUGGGGGGCCUUUGCCCAGAGCAUUCUAGAGCGGGGUGGUCCCACCCCACGCAAUGGGAAUAAAUCUGACCAAGCUCACCCUCCCAUUCACCCAACCAAAUACACCAACAGCUUACAGGGAGAUGAACAGCGACUGUAUGAGUUUAUUGUUCGCCAUUUCCUGGCUUGCUGCUCCCAGGAUGCUCAGGGGCAGGAGACCACAGUGGAGAUCGACAUUGCUCAGGAACGCUUUGUGGCCCACGGACUCAUGAUUCUGGCCCGAAACUAUCUGGACGUGUAUCCAUAUGAUCACUGGAGUGACAAGAUCCUCCCUGUCUACGAGCAAGGAUUCCGCUUUCAGCCCAGCACUGUAGAGAUGGUGGAUGGGGAGACCAGCCCGCCCAAGCUGCUCACCGAGGCCGACCUCAUUGCCCUCAUGGAGAAGCACGGCAUUGGUACGGAUGCCACUCAUGCGGAGCACAUUGAGACCAUCAAAGCCCGGAUGUACGUGGGGCUCACCCCAGACAAGCGGUUCCUCCCUGGGCACCUGGGCAUGGGACUUGUGGAAGGUUAUGAUUCCAUGGGCUAUGAGAUGUCUAAGCCUGACCUCCGGGCUGAACUGGAAGCUGAUCUAAAGCUGAUCUGUGAGGGCAAGAAGGACAAAUUUGUGGUUCUAAGGCAGCAAGUGCAAAAAUACAAGCAGGUUUUCAUUGAAGCAGUGGCUAAAGCAAAGAAAUUGGAUGAGGCCUUGGCCCAGUACUUUGGGAAUGGGACAGAGGUGGCCCAGCAAGAAGAGAUCUACCCAUCCAUGCCAGAGCCUAUCAGGAAGUGCCCACAGUGCAACAAGGACAUGGUCCUCAAAACGAAGAAGAACGGCGGGUUCUACCUCAGCUGCAUGGGUUUCCCAGAGUGUCGCUCAGCCAUGUGGUUUCCUGACUCGGUGCUGGAGGCCAGCAGGGAUGGCAGUGUGUGUCCAGUUUGUCAGCCACACCCUGUGUACAGGUUGAAGUUAAAGUUUAAGCGUGGUAGCCUUCCCCCGACCAUGCCUCUGGAGUUUGUUUGCUGCAUCGGAGGAUGUGAUGAGACCCUGAGGGAGAUCCUGGACCUGAGAUUUUCACGGGGCCCUCCAAGGGCUAGCCAGCCCUCUGGCCGCCUGCAGGCCAGCCAGUCCCUGAACGGGAUGGACAGCAGCCACCACCCCCAGCCUGCUGACGGCAGACAGACUGGGCCCUCAAAGGCUCUGGCCUGGACCCUCCCACCACCCACAGCUGCUGGUGAAAGCAACUCAGUGACCUGCAACUGUGGCCAGGAGGCUGUGCUGCUCACUGUCCGUAAGGAGGGCCCCAACCAGGGCCGGCAAUUCUUUAAGUGCAACACGGGUAGCUGCAACUUCUUCCUGUGGGCAGACAGCCCCAAUCUGGGAGCAGGAGAGCCGCCCACCUCAGCAUGUAGACCCCUAGGUGGCUCCCUAGGACGCCCACCAGGCCCAGGGACCCACCUGGGUGGGUUUGGCAACCCCGGUGAUGGCAGUGGUAAUGGCACAUCCUGCCUGUGUAGCCAGCCCACCGUCAAACGGACUGUGCAGAAGGAUGGGCCCAAUAAGGGGCGCCAGUUCCACACGUGUGCCAAGCCAAGAGAGCAGCAGUGUGGCUUCUUCCAGUGGGUUGAUGAGAACAUGGCUCCAGGCCAGCUUGCUUGGGUUUCUGCAUCUAUAAAAAGGGAUAAAAGUGAUGCCAGUGUCCACUUACCAAGGACUUCUGGAGCCCUGCCCUGGACAAGAGGCAGAGGAGGAACCCUAGGGUUGGAGGCCAGAAGCAAAAGGCCCCGGGCCAGUUCCUCAGACAUGGGAUCCACAGCAAAGAAACACCGGAAAUGCAGCCUUUGCCACCAGCCUGGACACACCCGUCCCUUUUGUCCUCAGAACAGAUGAGGGCAGGAUAGGGUAUAGCGUACCACUUUUUCAGACCUAUCCCCUUUGUGUUGGGAAAUGAGUUAACCAGGACCAAGUGGCCAUUCAGUGUCCUGGAAACUUGAAGAACACUGUUGGCCUUUGGAGUUGUGCCUUCCUGUGUUAAUAAAUACAAGGUCCAGACCAAUCUGGAGCAGUUCGGCUCUGCUGGACAGUGGCUCUCUGCCCAGGCCUUAGAAGUGACCAUAGCCACUGCUGAAAAGUCACACGGCUGCUCCCUCAAACCCCCCAAGGAUGGUCGCUGUUAGCAGAGGACUGGUGCAGUCCCAGGUGAAGCCCACUGAGUGGUCAAGUAAGAAGCUCCCAGGGCGGCUUCCUUCACCUCCAGAAAGCCCCAAGUGAGCAGCCAGCCCUCAUGGAGCAGGCCCUAUCCAGGCUGCCCCGGGCUUCUCUCCAUAGAUGUUCUGAGGAGCAUGGUGUAAUGCAAGGAGGUGGCUGUGGUAACAUUGAUCCUGCAGAAGAAGCUUCAUUGUCUAUCUAGUUAAGCCAGGACAUCCAGAAUUCAUUGCCUUAAUAAAGAAUCCAGGCUGGGUGCGGUGGCUCA